GCAUGCUGCGAAUUGCAUUGGUGAACGCCGAACAGAUUGGACACACUAAUGAACGUCUACGGCUAAGACUUAGAAAUCAAAGACCUGGGCCUCCGAAUUAAAAGAACGCAGAUUAAGCAACUGAUUGUGCUGACAGUGUCCUCCAGUGUUACGUGAACCCCAAACUAUUAGAUGUUAAUUUGCUUGCCACUGACAGACCAUCAUGCGUGUCGAUGUCAGUCUUCCUUCCUUUAUACUCCUGGUGCAUCUUGCCUCCUCAUUCCUGGAGGGAUGCUCGGGUGAGGUGGUUGUCCUCUUACAGACCCUGACAGGGUCUGUGCCCUCUGGCAACUUCUCUUACUACAAACUCAGCCGCAGUGGCAACAUCCGAUUGGUUCUGCGCACGCUCAAGGGAGAUGCCGACGUCUAUGUGUCAGCGACCACACUACACCCCACCUACGAGGACUACGACUUGAAGUCGACAACGUACGGGGACGAAAUUCUGGACAUUGGGGAGUAUCUCAGCCGACCCGUGGGAAUCGGUAUUUAUGGUCACCCACUGUACCAGAAUGACACCUCCUAUGAGUUUGAUAUUUGGUUGGAUACCAGCGAGGUGGAGGACCCGUGGAGAACUGAGACCGAGAAGACCGAGCCGUCUUUUGGGAAGCUGUAUCCGGGGGAGGAUGCCGAAAAUGAAUCGCUGCUGUGGAAGUUGUUUAUUGGCAUCCUGAAGGUGGCAGUGGACAUCAUGAUUUGAUUGGGUGGGCAACAGGUGCAUGUAGAUGCAUACCGACAGUCAAUGAAAAUGUAUAUGUACCAUAAGAUUAUUCUGAAGUUAAAGACUUCAAAAGAGUAUCAACUCUCUUUUUUUCUUCAUCAGUUGUUGUGGGGAAGGGAACGGCCAGACACAAGGCUAAUUAUUAUACUUGGCAUUUUGCCCUUCACCAAUGUAUGUUUGUAAACACUCUGUACUCAAGUGUUGUCCAACCGCUUCUUCAGACGCUAGGUAUUUUCAUUCACUUCAUGCAUCAGUGCCCACAGUGGUACUAACAGCGCGUUCCCACUUGAAUUGGGAGAAGGUGGAUCUUGAUCCAGCAUUUUGGUGUGAUCGUUAUCUUACCGCAACGAAACCGCAAGUCGCAUUCCCACUAGCACUUGAUCCACCUUUUCGGAAGGAUACGUCGAGCCCGAAAGGUCACUGAGUUCAGUAUUGCACAUGUGCUAGCUUGCUGAGCGCGUGCUCUGUGGCAGUGUGGCGUGCUGGGGCGGCAUGCGUGUGAUCCUGCGGUGUUUUGGGUGCGGAGUUGUACUGACGUGACGACCUUGAAUCAGACCGAAUGUUCAGCCUAGUACGUUGUCUCUUCAAACUUUGCUUCCGUUUUUGAUACUCUGUCACACGUUGCGGGCUCUACACAAACACGGAAUUAGUUUUUGAUGGAAAGCAAGUGAAAUUACACAAAUGAGAAAGUUUAAGAAACGGACAAAUGCGCAACGAAAAGUGUGAAAGGGCAAGGCACACAUCGCGGCACGCAUGCAUUGCGCAUGGGUGGUUACAUAUUUUGCAAGCCCGUAGUUCAGCAGUUGUUUAUUAUGUAUACUGUGCAUGUUAAAAUUUCACAUGAACUACAUGCCAAAAAACAUAUUUCUUUGUUCAUCAGACCGCAAAAUUUUCGCGCCACUCGUGCACGGACAGAUGUUGACAGGUAAAAUUGCCGGAUCAGAUCCACCUUUUGCGUUCCCAUCUGAUCGUGAUCCGCCAAUUGCAGGAUC